GCCACCACCGCCUCAUGAUGGCGCUCGCGCCCGACCUCAAGCUCUCCUUCAGCGAGGACUGCCUCUACCUCAACGUGUUCGUGCCUGACGGGACUCCACCUCCCGAGGGCUGGGCAGUAAUGGUCUGGUUUCAUUCCGGCGACUUCAAUACCGGUGCCAUAGCGAUGUGGGACGCCUCAGUAUUCGCUGUUAAGCAAAAGGUGAUCGUGGUGACUCCAUCGUACCGGCUGAACGUGUUUGGCUUCCUGACGCUGCGGGACAGCUUCUGCCCGGGCAACCUCGGCCUACUAGACCAGGUGGCGGCGCUCGAGUGGGUCAGCACGAAGAUCAGUGCGUUCGGCGGCGCCAGCAACUCGGUGUGCGUAGCGGGCCACGGCGCUGGCGGCAGCAGUGUCACGCUGCACAUGCUGUCCCCGCUGUCUGCAGGCAAGUUCCACAGAGCCAUCUCCAUGAGCGGCAGCGGCCUGCUGCCCAGCACCAUCCACGACCCGGAGACUCUGGAGAAGCAUGCAGUGGAUCUUGGGGAGUGGUUCAUAUGCGACAAGACGUCUCUUCUAGAUUGCCUCAGAAAUAUUGAAGCCGAGGCUUUCAUGGUACAAGCGUUGAAGGACAGAACUUGGGGACCCGUGGUCGACAGAGACUUUGCCAAUGUCAGUCAAGCCUUCCUUCCAAAAGAGCCGUUGGAAAUAUUAUCAGAAGGUAUUUUCAAUAAGGUUCCUUUCAUGGUUGGCUAUACUAACAUGGAAGAUGCAUUAUUAAAGGACAACUAUGAUGGCUUCACUUACGAAAAUUUCCAGUCUUUUGUGGCUGAAAUUAUUUCUACCGAUUACUCACAAGCCGACAUCAACGGAUCGUGCACAGUUGACGACAAUUACAUCAUUGAUUCCGUAAUGUUUUUCUACGAGUUGGAACCGUCAAUUGAAGAAAAUUCAAAUGAAGUGUCUCUCAGGCAAACGUUCGUCGACUUCACCACCGAGAAGUUAUACGGGGCUGGAGCAUAUCAGCAAGCUGCCUCGUUUUCCCAUGUUCGUCCAACGUUUAUCUACAGAUUCGAUUACAAGCCCAAAAGGAAUUUCCUUGAAGGAGUGCCCGAAUGGGUCAGUGUUCCCCACCAGUUUGAACUCCCUUUUGUAUGGGGGGUUCCACAUUGGCCCACAUCUGCACAAUCGGCACAGACUGGGUGGCACUCUACAGAUAAAAAGAUAACGGAUAUAAUUAUGAGUUUUUGGAGCAACUUUGUCAAGUUUUCCAAUCCGGUUCAAAAUUCAAUGAACAUUAAGUGGGAACCAUUUGAUGAAAAGAAUCCGAGUAUUAUGAUAAUCGAUAAAAAUUUUGAUGUGAGAGACAGUUCUAAUUUUAAUUUCAGAAAAUUCUAUUUCUGGAAUUAUUAUUAUCCCAAAGUAUUGGAUAUUUCACGUAGCUGUUGUACGCUCAAUGAUACAAGCAGUCAUAAUUUAGUGCCAUCUUUCACACUUGCAUUUUUGGCAGGAGCUCAGUACUUUAUUACUUAGACUUUUGACUGUUAAUUAAAAUAAUGAGAAAUCUGAACAUAUUUUAA